AGCAGCCUGCAGACACAGAGAAGAGGAACCAGAAGCUGUAGAGGAGGCGAGCGGAGAGUUCGGUUUGCUCCUGCAUCAUCUUCCUCAGCUGCUGCUGCUGCUGCAAACGCCCGCUUCUCCCUGGGGACACCUUCCCCAGCCUUGGAAGGCUGGUUCUCCCCCAGGAAAAGGCCAUGGCAGAGCUGCAGAGGCUGGGGCAGCUUCUCCUCCUCUUCCUCCUGGGCCUGGCCUGCCUCUGGCUGCCCGCCACCUGCCGGAAAGCCCCCAGGCCUCCCCCCUGCCCGCCCAGCUGCUCUUGCACCAGAGACACAGCCUUCUGCGUCGACUCCAAGGCCAUCCCCAAGAGCCUGCCGCGGGAUGUCAUUUCGCUGUAAGUGGAUGAGGACUGGGGAGGGCGCACAUCUGUCUCUUGGUGGGUGGGUGGGUGGGUGACGGGCUGCUAUGCAGUCGGGGUUGAGGAGCAUGUGGAGAUGGUGUCCCCGGGUGGAACAGGGCUGGUUGGUGUCCAAGAGAGAGAUGACAGGGAUGAGGGGUAGUAAGUGAGGGGUUAGAUUGCCAGGGGGAGCACAGACAGCAUUGGGAGCAAAGGUCUGCAUCUUCAGCAUCUUCAGACUGGUCUCCUGUGAAAGUCCAUUUCCAGAUGUUGCAUCCCAGCUGGGGAACGGCUCGUUUGCUCCUCGAGAAAGAGGGGGGAUCUAUAGAUGAUGAUGAUGAAUUACAUGCACGUCCCAUUUCUGCUAAAGGAGCUGAAGGUGGCAUACAUAAAUCUCAUCAUCCUCAUGUUAGCCUCACAGCAACCCUGUAAGGUAGGCUAGGCUGAGAGUGAGUGAGUGGCCCGAGGGCUCCGUGACCUGGUCAAUUCGAAUCCUGGUCUCCCAGGUCCUAGUCCAACACUCUAACCACUAUGCCGCACUGCCUAUAGAUGGCUUCUUGCGGGUGAAAAGACCAGCCGGGCUACAUGAUCCUUAAUGGCAGCUCUACAUGCAAAUGCAAGUGUUGGUUUAUAGAGCCAAACCUCUUGGUUGCUUCUUGACACUUGCUUGAAGCUGAACUGGUUAUAUCAUAAACCUUGAGGUGAUAUAGAAGUUCUCUCUGUGGUGUGAGAUCCAUGAAAGCUCAGCCAGGCUUUUCGUUGCAGUGAUCGAGUGGGGAUUACGAAUAAUUUUAUCCAUCAUAGCCAUAUUCCAGAGCGAGUGGAAAGUGUAAGAUUUUAGGCUGUUUGCCACCGAGUUGCAAUUACUAUUUGAGCUGCCAAGAUGAUGCAAAAGACCAAUUCUUUUGACAACAUAUCUACACUGGUAUCAUCAAAAAUAUCCAGUAACAUUCAUUUUGGACAGCAAAUGAGUUUCUUUAGUAAUAAUUAUCAUUUCUGUCAAAAUUAAAUUACAAUUCCACCACAAAAUCAUUUCUUAGCAGUGUGCAAUAACAUAAUGCAUGUGCAGUGAAAAGUUGGAGCCAUGUGAGCUUGCAGCAUGCUUAUUAAGCACUGGCAUAAAUAAACGAAAUUCAGCAUCCCACAAAUCUUGAUUAUCCUUUCCUUUUUUAAAGAAAGUAAGUUUCCAGCCAACAUGAUUGUGUAUGUGGGAAGCUCGGGGGGGGGGAGUGUUCACAGCCACUCCAUGGUGCAAUCUGAGCAUGUGGGAUGCUUGCAUGCCAUAAAUACAACUGAAUAUCCAUAUUAAAUGUCAGCCGGGUGGAACUGGUGCAGCGCUUGCUCUUACAUUGCUCCUUUGUUGCACAGGGACAAUUCAAGCAUUAAUGUGCAUCACUGCAUUGCUCUGUACCUUAAAGCAAAAAUUCGGAAAACCAGAUUGAUUGGGGACACGAGAGGAGCAUCUUCAUCACCUUCCCAUAGUUAAAACCUUGCUCCAGGCAGUUUACAACAUCAAAAGAUUUGCAUAAUUACAAAAAUAAAACUGAGGUAGUUGCAAGCAAUAAAUGAAAAUAUGCUAAAAUGUAUGCAACAGAAUUGAACAAUCCCCACAUGUCAUAGGUACCAAAAAAAAUUAUUAAAAAAAAUUAAAAAUUGCCAACACCCCAGCAAAGCGGCAUAGCUUCCCCCUUCCCCCAAUGGCUCGGGGUACUUGGGAGUCGCAGGGGUGGGGGCGCAGAGGCGUAGGAAGGGUGCGGCCAUUCGGCGCCCGCCCACGACUCCCAAGCCUACCCCGAGCUUUCAAUGUGAGGAGAGGGGUGACAAAAAAAAUUCCACACUGGGUACCACCGGGUACUACACCUCUGCUUGUGGGGGGCCGGACUAUAUUUUGAAAAAAUAAUGAACGAAUUCCUAUGCCUCACAAAUAACCCAGAGAAGCAUUUUAAAUAAAAGCACACAUUCUACUCAUGUAAAAACAUGCUGAUUCCAGGACCGCCUGCAGGCCGGAUUUAGAAGGCAAAUUGGGCUGGAUCCGGCCCCCAGGCCUUAGUUUGCCUACCCAUGUGAUAGAAUGUACCCUUUUUUUUUCUUUACUUUUCCAGCAUGUGUCUGACUUCGAAUUAUAUAUUUUCGCCAGUUUACUAGGGGUUAGAGAUUGCCUUCUUGAACAAACGGGAUUUAGAAAAGAUCUCCUAGGUUCUGUGUAUAUAGGUUCUGUGCAAUAUAACAAAUAACGAAGGAUGUGGUCGCCCACAAAUACAGAGUCUAUCUACAUAUGAAAUCUUAUAACGCCCUUCCAGCACAGCUGAGGGCAUUGCUUAGAAACACAGUUCAAUAAAGGCAGGUCUUAAUGGACCAGGUAAGAGUUUUUUAGACAAAUAGCUGGCUCUAAAAUGCCCUGUUUAAAGAGUGGGAACCACAGAGAACAUUUGGAAGAGUUAAUCUCUUGUAGGUUCUGUUCGGAUUCUGUCCAGUACAGCCUUAGUGGACUCUUGUCCAUAUUCAAAAACUUGUUCAAUUCAUGGACACAAUAGUAAUCCAGGAUACACUGAACGUUUGAUUUCCACCAGAGCUGUUCUGGGCACCACAGUUCAAGAAGGACACUGACAAACUGGAACGUGUCCAGAGGAGGGCAACCAAAAUGGUCAAAGGCCUGGAAACGAUGCCUUAUGAGGAACAGCUAAGGGAGCUGGGCAUGUUUAGCCUGGAGAAGAGGAGGUUAAGGGGUGAUAUGAUAGCCAUGUUCAAAUAUAUAAAAGGAUGUCACAUAGAGGAGGGAGAAAGGUUGUUUUCUGCUGCUCCAGAGAAGCGGACACGGAGCAAUGGAUCCAAACUACAAGAAAGAAGAUUCCACCUAAACAUUAGGAAGAACUUCCUGACAGUAAGAGCUGUUCGACAGUGGAAUUUGCUGCCAAGGAGUGUGGUGGAGUCUUCUUCUUUGGAGGUCUUUAAGCAGAGGCUUGACAACCAUAUGUCAGGAGGGCUCUGAUGGUGUUUCCUGCUUGGCAGGGGGUUGGACUCGAUGGCCCUUGUGGUCUCUUCCAACUCUAUGAUUCUAUGUUCCCCAUACAGCACAGGUCUGGAAAACCUCGCAGGGUCAGGAAGUACGGUAAAUCUUUUCAGAUAGUUGAAUGGGAUGCAGUCUUGCUCUGAUCAUCUGGCUUCCAUACGUAGAAGUGAGGCUGUUGUUCUGCUGAUUAAGGAGAAUUAUCUCCUAAGAAAUUGAUUUUGAACUGUUUCUAACCCUUUAAUAGAGUUCACAUUGUCACCCCAAAUUUCAGCUCCAUACAGCAUUUGUGGGAUCACUUUGCUUACCAAAAAGAUUCAGUGCUGGAAGAAACAACUGUCCACGCUCCAUGAAAUAAAACUUCAUCGGUUUCCCUAUAGCUAUCUGUGCUUUGUAUAUGCCACUUCAAAGACAAUGAUUCACUAAAAAGGACAAGAUAUCUGAAGGAGCGAGUUUGCUGUAAAUCAUGUUGAUCCAAACACCAUUUAUAUUGAGAGCUGCGUUUUCCAAAAAUCAUUAUUUUAGUCUUGGAGUAGUGUGUUGAGAGAGGCGUUUCUGUUUACAGCAUGAGCUAAAAGCCACCAAUACAUUUUUAAGACCCAGGUGAAAGAGUGAAAGGAACUCUUAUGUUGUCUUCAUAGACAAAACACCUUCCUGGACACCAUUUCAAAGCCUGUUAAUUGCUUUAAAUCGAUCUUUUCAGUAGUGCUAAAAUUCUUUUCUGCCUAUAGUACCACUGAUAUAGCACUAUAAAACUAUAGCACUGAUUUAAAUAUUAAACGAACAACUCUUUCCAUCAGCACCAUUUUAGACAUGAUUUUCUGGUUUGAUUUGGUUUUGUGCUAAUUAAACACUUUUUAAUCUGCACUGUGUUUUAACAUUUCAUGGGUAGCAAUAGGCAACCACACUAGAAUGCUUAGCUCUAAAUAAAUAAUGGAGGUUUUGAUUUACUUAUUUAUGUGAGGAUCACUUAGAGCUCCCCACCCCCACCCUACUAACCCAGUUGCAUCUUCCUCUCCUAUCUACUGGUGUGGAAGUGCAAAAUCCCCGAAGGUGUGGAAAGUCAAUUGAAAUUCCACUUACAGCUUGCAACAGGAGAGCAAUAAUUUAUUACACUGGCAGCAGCCAGCUGUCUGGAAGAAACCUCAGAAGUACAGUAUGAACGUGCAACCCUAGAGCCUGCCUGCCUCACGUGGUGAGCACACUCAGGUGUGUAAAACUGGUGGCGUGGAUCUAUGCACAUGUGUGCACAAAAUGGGGCUUGUGGGGCUGCCUGGUUCCCCACCAGAAGUUUUGCACCACAAAUCCCAUCAGCCCCAGCUUUCAUGAGCCAGUUCCUAUUGGUGCCAGCGUCAUGCAGCUGGGCUGGUUGAGGCUGAUGUGUACUGUAGUCCAAAACAUCUGGAAGGCACCAGGCGAGGGAAGGCUGAUAUAAGAGACAGAACCAGGACUCAUAGGGCCCUCUACUCCAACUCCAAGGCAGAAAUCACAGCUAAAGGAUCCCUGACAGGUGGCCAUCCAACUUCUGUUUUAUAAACCUCUCGUGAAGAAGUGUCCACCACCUUCAGAGGGAGUCUGUCCCACUGUCAAGUGGCUUUUACCGUCAGAGUAUUAUUCCUAAUGUGGAGCCAGGAUCUCUUUUAUUGUCAUACACCAGUGUGAUGUAGUGGUUAAGAGCGGUGGACUCGUAAUCUGGUGAACCGGGUUCGCGUCUCCUCUCCUCCACAUGCAGCUGCUGGGUGAUCUUGGGCUAGUCACACUUCUCUGAAGUCUCUCAGCCCCACUCGCCUCACAGAGUGUUUGUUGUGGGGGAGGAAGGGAAAGGAGAUUGUUAGCCGCUUUGAGACUCCUUAAAUGUAAAGGUAAAGGGACCCCUGACUAUUAGGUCCAGUCAUGGCCGACUCUGGGGUUGCAGUGCUCAUCUCGCUUUAUUGGCCAAGGGAGCCGGCGUACAGCUUCCGGGUCAUGUGGCCAGCAUGACUAAGCCGCUUCUGGUGAACCAGAGCAGUGCACAGAAAUGCCAUUUACCUUCCCGCCGGAGUGGUACCUAUUUAUCUACUUGCACUUUGACGUGCUUUCGAACUGCUAGGUUGGCAGGAGCAGGGACCGAGCAAUGGGAGCUCACCCCAUCGCAGGGAUUUGAACUGCCGACCUUCUGAUCGGCAAGUCCUAGGCUCUGUGGUUUAAACCACAGUGCCACCCGUGUCCCAUGUUGAGACUCCUUAGGGUAGUGAUAAAGCGGGAUAUCAAAUCCAAACUCUUCUUCUUCUUCAUUUAGAUCUGUUGGUUGGGGUCCUCCCCUCUGGAGCAGCAGGAAACAAACUGGCUCCAUCUUCCAUGGGACAGCCCUUAGAAUAUUUGAAGAUGGCUCUCGUGUCACCUGUCAGUCAUCUGCUCUCCAGUCUAAGGAGAUUUGUAGAAAUCUCUGUAGCUGCCCAAUAUUUGUCAGAAAGCUGGCUGGGAGUGAAUGCGGGAGGGUGUGAUAUCAGAGGGGAGAAAGCCAGGGAACUGUAGGUCUAAGAGAAAUCAAUUAAUAUUUGGCCUUUGCAGAAUUUUAGAGCCUGGAAGGGAAGAAAAGAGUCUUGCCUUUCUCUCUUGGGGCUCCUGGAGCUCCAGGAGAUUUCGCUCUCAAGAAGUACUAUUAGCAUAUCAAGCCCUUAACAACUUUGGACCAGUUUACCUAUGAGAUUGCCUUACCCUGUGUGUGCCCACUUGAACUGUUUCUGGCAGCAAAAUUGACACUGCUGCAGGUGCCUCCUGAUACCCUUUCCACAUUUUUAAGAACUUGACCUUUUAGGGUGGCAGCACCUGCACUUUAGAACUCCCCGCCUAUUGAUGUCAGGCAGGCGCCUUCACUGAACUCUUUUUGGUGCUUGCAAAAAACAUUUGUGUUUAAGCAACACUGCUCUGGUUCGCCAGAAGCGGCUUAGUCAUGUUGGCCACAUGACCCAGAAAACCUGUCUGCGGACAAACGCUGGCUCCCUCGGCCAGUAAAGCGAGAUGAGCGCUGCAACCCCAGAGUCAUCCACGACUGGACUUAACGGUCAAGGGUCCUUUACCUUUACCCAGGUGUUUAGAAAGUUGGACCAAGUCUGAUCUGCUUUUAGUCUAACUAUAAACCAAACCAAACCAAACCAAACCAAACUGGUUUAAACUAAACUAAAAACUAUUUUUUAACUUCUUCAGUGUAUAGAUUAUUGUUAAUUUUUCUUAAUUCUUAAUUGUGGUUUUUGUUUUUUUUUGGGUAAACUGCUGUGAAGUUAAAUAUAUAAAUAUCAGAGACAUUGGUGCACAUCAGGCACAGUGAGGUGGCAGUAUUUUGGGCCAUAGGAGCCAACUCCUAGGGGCUGAGGGGUCUUCAGCCCCCCAAUAAAAUAUUUGAGGGGGCCAGCUCCCCCAUAUCUUAUUCAGGUUGGCACCCUUAUUCUGGACUAUGCCACUUCAGACUGUGGACAGGUAGAGAGCAUUUAAUUGUUGCUUCCCCCAUGUUAAAAAACAAACUUGCAUAGGGUACAUCAGAAGGAGAGAGAUAAUUAUCUUGUUGAUAAUGCCAGUUUCCUGCUUCUGGACAGGGCUUUCUGUGUGUGACUCUCUCACCAUCACCUACAGCCUGAAGUGAGGGAUUCAGACUGCAUAAUAAGAUGAGAUAAUUCCAAUUUAUGCAGAAUGAAGGUGUGAUCAACUGAGAUGGCAGAAUUCCACUUCAAACUGCAAGUGUGUGUGAGAGAGAGAGAGAUAGUUUCGAAUCAACAGAAGUCCAGCGUCAAGAUCAAGGGAAGCAAUAGUGCGACUAUUUUGGGCACCAAGGUUUCAGAAGGAACAGAGGAGGGUGACCAAGAUGACCAAGGGUCUGGAAACCAAGCCUUAGGACUGCGAGUUGAUUCAGCAGCCCCGCAACCCCAUCCUAUUCCCACUGGGAAUUUCUGGCAUUUCCUAACACUUUUCUCCCAGACUGCUGCGUCUGGCUCUGUCUUUGUGCCAGGGCUGAUGCCUGCAUUGAUCUGUUUAAGUGUUUUUUCCAGCCUCUCUCCAACCACCCUUCAUUAAUCACAGCAAAUGGAGAGAUCUUUAAAUGCAUCCUCUCUGCCAAGGGACUAUAUUUCUUUGGCUGUGCUCAGUUUAUGUAUAAAAGAGAAGGGAAACUGCAAGAAGAGGAGGAGAAGGACAGAGAGAGAAGAGAUCAGUCUCAGGGGUGCAUGUGGAAUGGAGCAAGAUUGGGGGCCCCAGGCUCUGCCUACUGAGAGCUAAAGUCAGGAGACAACUUUUUAAAAACAUAAUAAUUCAAAGAUUUUCAAAAUAUGCAGGUAACAACCACAGUAAAGGCUAAACAAGUCCGCACGGUCCAGACACUUGCCAUCAGGAUUCUGAUGGCUGUCGCCUACCAGCUAGAAAAAUGUGCAGUUUAGCAUUUGGCCUGUAGCCAGUCAGUGAGACGACGUGAAAUCUGUGAAUGUAGGACAGCCUGACAGUAAUUGAGGAGGAUGACAUCGGACGCCCAGCCAUACACUGCAAGCAAAUCAGUUUUAUCUUAACGUUUGCUGCCCUAGCUUUCCACAAAGGAUUCCUGCACAAAGGGGGCCUCCCACCACAGAUCUAUAAUUCCCAGGAUUCCUAGGGUAACAGAGUGGCAUUAAAAGCAAAUAAAGUCAGUAGCGCAGACAGACCCUUAGGGUGCUUUUUAGGGUCUUAAUUAGCUAUAAUAAAUGUAAACCUUAUUCCCUUAUGGGGGACACAAGAGCCCUUAUCGAGUCCUUUGUGGGUUCUCCAUCGGUCGGAGUAAAUAACAGAGGCCAACCAGAGAAUAUUGAGAAGCAAAGCAGCUCCUAAGCCUGAUCUUUAUUGAACUGUUGCAACUGGAUGCUCCCCUCACACGCAGGAGAAGGAGGAGGAUCCAGAACCCAGGUGUGCCCGCCCUUAUGUAGACAUUUAAAAUUGCCCGCCUUGGAGUCCAAGACCACCUCCAGAUACAUCAUACCUACAUCACAGAAGAGGCGGUCUACAACAGAAAUCUGAGUGCGUUGUUUACCUCCUGUCUGGCAGGUUACCUGUUAAUGCUUACUUGAUUGGAUACCCUAGGGAGCCUGGCCAGUUUUUUGUAAUGACAAAUACUUAGUUCCUGAGCCACGUCACAGGCUCACCCCAUUCAUACACAGACAUACCCUUAAAAGACAGGAUUUGUGAACAAAAAGACAACGGGGAGGCUCCCCCACCUCCUCCCUCCUUGCAGAGAAAACAUUUGGUCCGUUUGGGAGUGAAAAUGGUUUCACGGCAGUCCUCCUGUGCUGCUCCAGACAUGUGGUCCACACAUCUAUGUAUGUGCUUGGUUGGUACAUUUAUGAACAUUAUAUAUAUAUAUAUAUAUAUAUAUAUAUAUAUAUAUAUAUAUAUAUAUAUAUAUAUAUACACACACACACACACACACACACACUGGGUGUGUGUGUAUAUAAAAUAUAUAUAUAUAUAUAUAUAUAUAUAUAUAUAUAUAUAUACCAUUUCAUAGCAAACUUUAGGUUGCAGGCAGCAGUUAACAACAGCGGAUUUUUAUUUAUUUUUAAAUAAUUUGUUAGAUUUGCCCCAGAAAGGAUCAUAAGCAUUGGUGGGGUUUCACAGUUUGUUACCAGUAUGGGAAAACAAAAUGGGGUUGGGGGUGGAGAUAGGUUGGCGUUCUGAUGACAAUGGCAUUAUCUGGACGCCUCAAAUAAAAAAAGCUCACUGGGUGUGAACCGGGGACCACUCUCUGCCUCUCAGCCUGACUGACCUCAUAGGGUUGUUGCGAGGAUAAAAUGGGGGGGAGGAGAACAAUGUAAGCCCCCUUGAGAUCCUCAGAGAAAAAGAUGGAACAUAAAUGCCACAAAAAAAAGAUAAACCGUACACACAUCUGGAAGCAGGCGUGAGUGAGUUUGUGGCUGGGAGUGUGAUUGGAAACAGCCAAUUCGUCGCUCGUGCUUUGAACCACUAAUGGAGAAGCCACCUACUUUGCAGAUUGGAAACUGGUUUCACCACAAUUAUUCAGCCUAGGACCCUCGUACCCACGGGACCGCCUCUCCUGGUAUGUCCCAUGGAGGACCUUAUGGUCUUCAAACAAAAACAUCUUGGAGGUCCCGGGCCACAGGGAGGUUAGGCUGGCCUCAACCAGAGCCAGGGCUUUUUCGGCUGUGGCCCCGAUCUGGUGAAACGCUCUGUCAUGUCACAAGAGACUAGGGCCCUGCGGGACUUGACAUCUUUCUGCAGGGCCUGCAAGACGGAGCUGUUCCACCUGGCCUUUGGCCAAGGCACAGUCUGACCCCCUCCUUCGGUAAUCCUCACAGAACUCUAGCCUAAUGGUUGCCAUUAAUUUGAUUUUGAAUUGAUUUUAGAAUGAAUUGAUUUUAGAAUGCAUUUCAAUUAAUUGAUUGUGAUUUUAUGUAAACUGUGUUACUUUUAUUGUUGUUAGCCGCUCUGAGCCCGGCUUCGGCUGGGGAGGGCGGGAUAUAAAUAAAAUAUUAUUAUUAUUAUUAUUAUUAUUAUUAUUAUUAUUAUUAUUCCCUCUUGAGAUUGUUCACUCUCUGGUACUGCAGAAUCCUGCACUCUCUCAUCAAAGUACAGAUCAAUUACACAGGUGUGGAAUCCACAUAUGUUUCUAGUGUGAUGGUACACAAACUCUCAAUGUAUCAUAAGAACAUAAGAAGUUAAGAAGAGUCUUCUGAAUCAGGCCAGUGGUCCAUCUAGUCCAGCUUCCUGUUCUCACAGUGGCUGACCAGACGUCACCAUGCAGCGGGCAUGCAGUCCAUACCCAAGCUGGUUUCCAGCAACUGGUAUUCAGAAGCACUGUUGCUUCCAACUGUAGCGGCAAAGGACAGCCAUUAUGGCCGGUAGCCAUCAAUAGCCCUCUCCUCCUUCUUGACUUUGUCUGGUCCUCUAAAGCCAUCAGUGUUGCUGGUCAUCACUGCUUCCUCCAGGAGUUCCAUGCUUUCACUGCACUGCACGAAGGAUGUGGGUGGCGCUGUGGUCUAAACCACUGAGCCUCUUGGGCUUGCUGAUCAGAAGGUUGGCGGUCCGAAUCCCCGUGAUGUGGUGAGCUCCUGUUGUUCUGUCCCGGCUCCUGCCAACCUAGCAGUUUAAAAGCACACCAGUGCAAGUAGAUAAAUAGGUACCACUGCGGUGGGAAGAUUAAACAGUGUUUCUGUGUGCUCUGGCUUCCGUCACAGUGUUCUGUUGCACCAGAAGUGGUUUAGUCAUGCUGGCCACAUGAUCCAGAAAGCUGUCUGCGGACAAACGCUGGCUCCCUCGCCCUGAAAGUGAGGGAGCCCCAUAGUUGCCUUUGACUAGACUUAACCGUCCAAGGGUCCUUUACCUUUAUCUUUUGCACAAAAGAUACCUUUUAUCUUUCCUGAAUCUUCCAACAUUCAGCUUCAUUGUGUGUCCCCAAGUUCUAGUGCUGAGAUAGAGAAAAACCUUUCUCUUAUCCCGGUGUUUUGUGAGCUUCCCCAGGGGAAACUGCUCUUUAGUGCUCAAUCAGAGCAAAGGGCAAUUCUCCAGAUUGACUUUCGCUCCCAUUUAGAGUUAAAAGCAUGGGUUUUCACAGGGAAAGGAGUGGGGCAAGGGAAAUGCCACUCACUCCUGUGCUUUCCAGGCCCAGGACAAGUGGAAGUGUGGACAAGCUACCUUUUAACUGCUGCUCAGAUCCUUUUGAGAGAUUCAGUUGCCUCCUUCUGUUUCAGCAGACGUUUUAGCAUUUCUCUCUCUUUCCCUCUCCUCUCCUGCAGGACCCUGAUAAAUGCAGACUUCAGCGAAAUCAAAGAAGCCGCCUUUGCUCACCUCCCGUUCCUGCAGUUCCUGUAUGUCUCUCUGCCUGUCUGUUUCCCCUGGUUUUGUCUUUGGGGAGGAGGGAUCUUGUUACCCUGAGUUGUCACAGCACUGCUUAGCCAGCCAAAGAACUUUACCAUUAGAGUGACUGCCUAGGCUAGUACAGUGGUACCUCAGGUUACGAACUUAUCCCGAGUUAAGUUCUUAACCUGAGGCACGCUUUCACUAAUGGGACCUCCCGCUGCUGCCGCCGCGCCGCCACUGUGCGAUUUCCGUUCUCAUCCUGGGGCAAAGUUCUCAACCCGAAGUACUACUUCCUGGUUAGCGGAGUUUGUAACCUGAGGCGUUUGUAACCCAAAGCGUUUGUAACCCGAAGUACCACUGUAAUUGGGCAAAGGGCAGGAGUUUUCCAUGGCAGCAGAUGAGAGAGGACAUCCUUUCUGCCUUGACACAUUAACUUUUUCAGCUUAGAAACGGCAGUGGUUGGAAUGUGGACUCUGCAAUACAGUGGUACCUCGGGUUACAUACGCUUCAGGUUACAUACGCUUCAGGUUACAGACUCCGCUAACCCAGAAAUAGUACCUCAGGUUAAGAACUUUGCUUCAGGAUGAGAACAGAAAUCGUGCACCAGCGGUGCGGUGGCAGCAGGAGGCCCCACUAGCUAAAGUGGUGCUUCAGGUUAAGAACAGUUUCAGGUUAAGAACGGACCUCCGGAACGAAUUAAGUACUUAACCCGAGGUACCACUGUAUAGUUAAUGCCACAGGGCAAGGCACUAAUAGAAUUGCUUUUGCACCCAACUGGAGUGGGUUUUCCUUCUGUCCAUUUCAACUAAACUGUCUGGAGUUCCUUUCACAGUCAAGAUAACUUCCCAUGAAAUAAGUUUCCUAGGUCAAAGCAGAGCAUAGCUCUUGUGGAACUGGAAUUCCUUGCAAGUUCUUAGCUCCUUUACAAGUUGAGAGGAACUCUGCAUCACCUGAGCUGCUAGUUGGCACCUUUCUUCUCUAGAAUAGAGCCUCGUCCCCUACACGCCUACUCGGCUGCUUCAGUUGACAGAAUUGGCACCAUUACCCUUUGGAACUCCCUGCCUCUUGAGACCAUGCAGGUGCCUUUGCUGUACUUUUUGGCACCUGCCAAAAACAUUUUUUCUUUAGACAAGCCUACCCAGAUAUUUAGAAAGGUGGGGCAAGUUUAAAUCAGUUUUUAUUCUAUUGUUAUUUUAACUUUUUGAAAGUUUUAAAGUUGUUCAUUUUUCUUACUGAUAGUUUUAUUGUUUUAUCUUCUUUCCCUAAACCUCUUUGAGUGCGGGGGGUUUUUUGUGAUCAAGUAGUAUAUACAUUUUAUUAAAUGAAUAAAUAAAUAUUCUGCAAUGUGCAGAGCAGGACAUCAGUCCUGAAGGCACACCACCUGUGGGGUCACUGGAAAAUCAGUUUAGAAAGAAAAAUCCCCUUACCUUAAAUAUGUCAAUCAGACCUUGAACGAGGUGGGGGGGGGGAGCAUUUACUGAUUUUUUAAAAGUAUUUUUACCCAGCUUUUCAGAAAAAGCAAGGAGAAAAACCCUCCCAGAGAGGCUUAUAAAUAUCAGUAAUAAGAACACUCCUUACACCUUACAUUCUAAAAGUCACAACACAAAAAGGAAAAGGAUUGGGGGGGGACGACAAGCCCAGGCACUAGUUCCUAUUUACAGAAUUUAUUUAUUUUUUAGCUACACAUUUAUUUAUUUAAUUUAAUUUUUAUUCACUUUUAUUAAACAAACAUUUCAUACAAAAAACAAAACAAAGAAAAAAAACACAACUUACAUUGGAUAUUUCUAGCUUAAAGAUAGUUAUUACAGUAUACAUUAUCAAAUUAUCAAACAUCUAGAAUAAAUGUGUAUUAUAUAAAAGAAAUAAAGAGAGAGAGAGAAAAAAGAAAAAAAGAAAAAGAAACAUGAACGGCAAUGAAACCAAAAAAUUUACAAGACCCAAAAUACCUAUCAAACGAAAGCAUUGUUUUGUUAAUUCAAACCAGUACCAGGGUAUACUGCUCACAAAGUCCCUCCUACUAGACUGAAUCCCAUUUUUUAAUUUGUUGGUUUGUUGACUUCUGUCUGCUCUCUGGUUUCAGUUCAGCCAUUCCUAUGUUUGAUCUGUAUUUAAUUAUUGGUUGGUCUCCAUCUUCGGAUACCUCUGUCUAAACACAGCCAAGUGUUAUAGUUGGAACCAUGUUUGUUCAAGUAAUUUUUAAAACAUCCCCAUUCUUUCUUAAGCUUAUCUAUCAAUUGAUUUCUUAUUAACUCUAUCAUUUUUGCGACUUCUAAAUAUUCGCAGAAUUCAUGUGAUGAAUUUGCAGAAUUCAUGUGAUGAGCAACUGGGAUGGAAUAAAGGAGGAGGAGGGAUGCUGGUGGCGCUGUGGGUUAAACCACAGAGCCUAGGGCUUGCCGAUCAGAAGGUUGGCGGUUCGAAUCCCCGCAACGGGGUGAGCUCCCAUUGCUUGGUCCCUGUUCCUGCCAACCUAGCAGUUUGAAAGCACAUCAAAGUGCAAGUAGAUAAAUAGGUACCACUCUGGCGGGAAGGUAAACAGCGUUUCCGUGUGCUGCUCUGGUUUGCCAGAAGUGGCUUAGUCAUGCUGGCCACAUGACCCAGAAGCUGUACGCCGGCUCCCUCAGCCUAUAGAACGAGAUGAGCACCGCAACCCCAGAGUUGUCUGCAACUGGACCUAACGGUCAGGAGUCCCUUUACCUUUUAAAGGAGGAGGAAAGCUUAAAUCUGCUGGUCUCUCAACUAAGAGGCGCUGAGCUCCCAUCUCUCCCUCUUCUGAAGCCAUCUCCUUGUGAUACUCAAAGCAAAAUCCUAGAAUUGUAGAGUUGGAAGGGGCCCAAUGGUCAUCUAGUCCAACCCCCACAACGUGACAUGAAAUGUUGAAUGAAUGAAUUUUAUUAUUACGGUCACAGACCAGUUCCGGCUCACUUACAAUAUCAGAAAAAUCAUAAAACACAACAGGGAUACAUUGGAUUGCAAUUGGGUUUAACAGAGACAAUUCAGAUAUAACAGCAGUUAAAAAUAUACAUUAAAUCUUGAUCACUAAAAUAUAACCUAAAAUUGUCAUUUAAAACAUUAAUCAUUUUGGUAGUACAGCUUGUUCCCUAAGUUUUAUGGCAGUCGCACAGAAUUUGACAUGAAAUGUUAAGCCAAGCAUUGCUAGGGUUUACUGUCCCAUUCUCACUGCCUUAACACCGUGUCUUUUCUCUUUGCAGCUUAUUGAAUUCCAACAAGUUUUCCUUGAUUGGGGACAAUGCGUUCACCGGACUCUCCCACCUGCAGUACCUGUACGGGUCACUUUUCCCUAGCCUCUACAAGGGGAGACACUGGGACAACACUUGUAGUAGGAAGAAGGGCCAGGAACAGGGGGAAAGGGGAGAGCUGAUGUUUAUAAGCCCUAGGAACAACAAAGGUCACACAUCUUAUUCCAGUUCCAGCCAUGCCCAUCCCCACGCAUCCAGUGGAGGGCUGGCGGGGGAUGGAGAGGGGUUGUCAAUAACUAUCAGACUUUCAAAAGCUGGUGUAAUAAACAUAAAUCUGCCCUUGUUCCCUUAUGGGGGACACAAGAGCCCUUAUAGAGUCCUUUGUAGGUUCUCCAUCGAUCGGAGUAAAUAACAGAGGCCAAACAGAGAAUAUUGAGAAGCAAAGCAGCUCCUAAGCCUGAUCUUUAUUGAACUGUUGCAACAGGGUGCUCCCCCACACGCAGGAGAAGGAGGAGGACCCAGAACAAAGGUGUGCCUGCCCUUAUAUAGACAUUUUAAAUUGCCCGCCUUGGAGUCCAAGACCACCUCCAGAUACAUCAUACCUACAUCACAGAAAGGGUGGUCUACAGCAGAAAUAUGAGUGCGUUGUUUACCUCCUGUCUGGCAGGUUACCUGUUAAUUGAUUGGAUACCCUGGGGAGCCAGGCCAGUCUUUUGUAAUGACAAAUACUUAGUUGCUGAGCCAGGUCCCAGACUCACCCUAUUCAUACACAGAUAUACCCUUAAGACAGGAUUUGUGAACAAAAAGGCAAUGGGAAGGCUCCCCCACCUCUUCCCUCCUUGCAGAGAAAACAUUUGGUCCAUCUGGGAGCCAAAAUGGUUUCAGGGUGGACCUCGUGUGCUGCUCCAGACAUGUGGUCCACACAUCUAUGUAUGCGCUUGGUUGGUACAUUUAUGAACAUUUAUUUUAUAUAUAUAUAUAUAUGACCUUAUUUUUUUUAUUUCACUGGUGUCAGUCAAGCUCAUAGUUUUUGUUGAAUUCAUUAAACUAAAUCUACAGUUAAUGGGGGGUUUGAAUCAAUGUGCAAUUAACUGCUAAUGUUUUUAAUUUUAUUAUCUUCCUUGGUGGGUUGUGCAAACUGCUGUUCUGAAUGAUGCUUUUUUAAAGGAUAGGGUAGUUGGUAUUAUGGAUGAGUUUAUGGAACCAAGGCAGGGCGGUGGCCUACAAAAAGCAUGGGAGUCCCUGGGUGAGAAUAUGUCUUUCUCUUUGCCUUCAGGUUCAUCGAGAACAACGACAUUCAGGCUCUGUCAAAAAACGCCUUUCGUGGGCUCAAGUCCUUGACACACCUGUGAGUUGCCACUUGGGCAGAAGCAUCUGCACUGGGCCUUGCAUGCUACUGACAACCUAAGAUUAACUGGUGCACUCCUGGCAGCGUGGGACGCGCCUGCCAGAAUAAUAAUGAAGUUUAGGAGUUGUUUUUUUCUUGGGGUCAAGAUUUAAUUUUGGAGAUCUUAAUUUUGCUGUUAUAGAAUCAUAGACUUGUAGAGCUAGAAAUCCCCCAAGAGGCAUCUAGUCCAACCCUCUGCAAUGCAGGAAUCACAUUAUUAUUGAUGUUAAUUUUUUGUAUCUCUAUUUGUGGAUCUUAUUAUGACUUGUUUGGGGCAGGUGUUAAAUUAUGUUGCUUGUGUUUUGAUUGUUUUUUUAAUUGCUUAUGACUACUUUUGUUGUAUUUUUGUAAUUAUGCAAUUCUGUUCACACUGCGUGCGCCUUGAGCAUAGUUUUUAACUAUGGGGAGGCAGCAUACGAAUGAAUUAUGAUGAUCAUGAAGACAUGGAUCAAAUGGUCAGGGAUAAUAAUAAUAAUAAUAAUUUUAUUAUUUAUACCCCUCCCAUCUGGCUGGGUUUCCCCAGCUACUCUGGGUGGCUUACAGUACAUAAAAAAUGGUAAAACAUUAGACAUUAAAAACUUCCCGAUACAAGGUUGCCUUCAGAUGUCUUCUGAAAGUCAGAUAGUUGUUUAUUUCCUUUACAUCUGAUGGGAGGGCAUUCCACAGGGAGGGCGCCACUACCGAGAAGGCCCUCUACCUGGUUCCCUGUAACAUCACUUCUCACAGGGAGGGAACCACCAGAAGGCCCUUGGAGCUGGACCUCAGUGUCCGGGCAGAACGAUGGGGGUGGAGACGCUCCUUCAGGUAUACUAGAUCUGUCCAGGGGGUGGGGGAGAGCUUCUGCAUUGCAAAGGGCAGGAUGCAUUAUGCCCACAGAGAUAUUUCAAUGCCUUCCUGCAGGAUUCUUGUCCAUGAGAGUUGGCUGGGUCACAUGGUGUCCGUAGGGGUGGUAGGGUUUGCCUUUGCAUACCCUCCAACAUUUCUCCAGUGGAAAUAGGGACAUCCAAAAGCAGGAGCUUCUGGGAUCAAAUCAGAAACCAGGAUGGCUUCUGACAUUCCAGGACUUUCCCUGGAAAAUUGGGACACUGGGAGGGUCUGCCUUUGUCACAGCAGCAGCAGUAGCAGACACCAACCUGGAUGGUUCUGAAAGAGGAUUAGACAAAUUCCUGAAAGAAAAAGCUAUCAAUGGCUCCUAGCCACAAUGGCUAUGGUUCUGAAUAGCAGUUGCUGGAAAUGGCAGGAGGGGAGAGUGUGGGAAUGUUCAGGGAUGCAGGAGAGGAUAUAUUGUUUGAUUAUAUUCUUUCCAACUUGUGUUAACAAGUUCUACAAUUUAGCAGAGUAACAUUCCCCCUUUUAAACUUGCUCAGCGGAUGCAUUUGCUCAGGCUCGCUAUAGCCUCUAAAAUGUUACCUGGUAAUUUCCCCUUUAGUCCCUCAUAAAAGAAAUAGACACGACACAGUCUUCUAUAAAAGUAUAAAAGAGUUUACUCACUCACAUUCUGUUCACAGAUGGAUCCCAGAAGGCAGACUUAAGUUACAAAAGUAAUAUACACCUGGAAACUAUCCCAUAAGGAGACAGCUCCUUUGUCCUUUUUUGGCUGCAAGCCAAGAGAGCAUCUUUGGCUAAGCAGAUGUUGCUUCUUUGACGAAUGUAGUCAAAGAGAGAGAGAUGGCGGCCUCCGCUGAGGUAUUUUGUUAUCUGCAUAGGUGAGGUCACGCCCACAUCUGGUCACAUGUAGAGGAAGUCUGCCCCAGCCUAGGAGGAAACAGGAAGUUCCGACUGGCUGGUCCAGACAUCUCCUUUUUAUGUCCACUCUAGGGAUGUUGUACUUGACUGCUCUGUGUUUCACAUCCCACAGAGAGCGGUCUUGUGCUCAGGUCCUGUUGGUGGGCUCCUCACUGGGGCAUCUGGUUGGCCACUGUGAGAAUGGGAAUCUGGACUAGAUGGGCCCCUGGCCUGAUCCUGCAGGCUCUUCUUACAUCCUUAUGUUCCUCAAAAGCAGCAAAGAGGGGAACCCCUGGCACAACCCAACAUUCCCGUCUUCCUUUCUUCCAGAUCUUUGGCCUACAACAAUCUGCAGACGCUGCCCAGAGGCCUUCUGAAACCCCUGGACAUCUUGAGCGACCUGUAAGGUUCCUUCCCACUUCGGUGCAAGUAAUUCUGCUCCCUGCACCUUUUGCAAUUGCAACGCCCUGGCGAGCUCUGUCCUCCCAUAUGUGUGGCCCAAAAGUUCAUGGCAAGCUGCAAGAAUUUCACCAUAUAUGAAAGACCCACCAUUGUAAUUAAAUUAACCACAGUCCAGCCAGUGUGGUAUAGUGCUUAAGAGCGGUAGAUUCGUGAUCUGAUGAACCGGGUUCGCGUCUCUGCUCCUCCACAUGCAGCUGCUGGGUGACCUUGGGCCAGUCACACUUCUCUGAAGUCUCUCAGCCCCACUCACCUCACAGAGUGUUUGUUGUGGGGGAGGAAGGGAAAGGAGAUUGUUAGCCGCUUUGAGACUCCUUUGGGUAGUGAUAAAGUGGGAUAUCAAAUCCAAACUCUUCUUCUUCUCUUCUUCAAUUACUGGGAAGGGUUUGCUGAAAACGGGUGAGCCAAGCAGAAUGGACCAAUUUAAUUUGGAGCAGCAAGAGGCACCCAGUUCAAUAAUUUUAUUUCAUUUGUGGGGAAUAGGAGAGCAUUAAGCCUAUGUAUAAUUCUCCUUUUCAAGAUCAGUGAGACUUAAAAGCACCAACUUCACCUUAAAGCAACAUGUUCUUUACACAAUAGUAGUGGAUUUGGGCUACCAUAAUAUUGCUGUCCAGAGAGAUCACAGCGCAGUAAAAGUGGAACAAAACCCAGAACAUUUGUGGUUAUCAAAUUUCAGCAGGGAGUCUCAGGGUGGGCAUUGACUGGAAAUGAAGCAGACAUUCUUUUCACUGUCAAUUUAUUAUUAUUGUUUGUGUCCAUGAUGCUGUUGGGGUGAUCAAACGCUAUCGUACUUUCAACACUAAUUUCAAUACAUGAAAAAGUUUUGGGGUAGUCACACUGCUUCAUUUCCAAUCAGGGCAUAACCUGUAACUUCCAGCUGAAAUUCUGUAAUUUUCAUAAAGCAAAUAUUCUAGGGUUGUUGUUUUUUUGUCUUGCUUUUCUUGCACUUGGAGCCAUUCCAGGCAGCACUUGGAGCCAUUCCAGGCAGCAAUAAUAGUUAUUUGUUUAUUAUGUGGUAGCAUUAGAGAAGACCACAGAAAAAACUAGUUAAGCAGGAUAAGUCUACACUGACAAGCAAAUGAAUUGUCAGAUCAGCAUUAUCAUUGGUGAAGAUGGACAGCAAACAAAUGUUAUUCAGAUUUUCAAAGCACAGGGAAUCUCUGUACUUAGGGAGGAGAGUGGUGGGGACAGCGGUGGUUGGAGAAUGCUGGAUCAGAUUUGCAAUCUUGCCUUUGGAUUGGGUAACUGCUCUUAAAUUGCCGUAUUUUUCGCUCUAUAGGACGCACCGGACCAUAGGAGGGGGAGAACAGGGGAAAAAAAUUCUCUCCCUCUCUGCUCAGCGCCCCUUCAGCAAAGCGGCAGGAGAAACGGAGCCCCUUCCAUUUCUCCUCCCGGUUCGCUGAAGGGGCGCUGCGCAGCUCUCCCUCUCUGGUGAAGCCAGGAGAGUCUUGCUCUCCUGGCUUCAGCAAAAGGAACCCGAAGCCUUUGGAGCACAGCGCGAGUUCCCGCUGCGCUCCAAAGGCUUCAGGCGGCUAUCCCUGAAGCCUGGAGAGCAAGAGGGGUCAGUGCGCACCGACCCCUCUUGCUCUCCAGGCUUCAGCAAAAGCAACGCAAAGCCUCCGGAGCGCGGAGGGAGCGCUCCCUCUGCGCUUCGGAGGCUUCGCGUUGCUAUCGCUGAAGCCAAGGAGCCUGCAUUUGCUCCAUAGGACGCACACACAUUUCCCCUUAAUUUUUGGAGGGGAAAAAGUGUGUUCUAUAGAGCGAAAAAUACGGUAGCCAAUUUGUGGGUGGAGGUGAUUGCUCCUGAAUUGCCUCUCUCUUUGACAGAGACCUCCGGGGCAACUCGUUAACCUGUGACUGCAACAUCAAGUGGCUAGUGGAGUGGAUGGAUAGCACCAACACAAGCAUCCCCGCCGUUUUCUGUGGGAGCCCCGCUCAAUACCAAGGCCAGAAGAUCCGGGACCUGCCCCUCAAGGACUUUGACUGCGUCACCACAGGUAGGAACAGCUGGUAUUUGCAUGGCCUUCUGGGAAAUAGAAUGGCACCCAGAAGCAGCGCUGCAUCUACAGAUUUUGCUGGGGGUGGGGGGAGGAACCCUGCCUUGCCAUCCCUUUCUCCUGCAGAUUUGUGCCCACCAUGACCACGUCUGGAAUACCUUGUACAGUUUUGGUUGUCUCACUACAAACCUGUGGAGGUUCAGAAAAGGGCAACCGAAAAGAUCAAAGGGCUGAAGUGACUCUCGCAUGGAGAAAAGUUGCACCAUUUGGAACAGGCAUAGGCAAACUCGACCCUCCAGAUGUUUUGGGACUACAACUCCCAUCAUCCCUGAUGGGUCCUGUUAGCUAGGGAUCAUGGAAGUUGUAGGCCCAAAACAUCUGGAGGGCCGAGUUUGCCUAUGCCUGAUUUGGAACUUCUUUGUUGAGAGAAAAGGCAAAUAAGAGGUGUCAUGACUGACUUUAUAAAACUAUGCCAACCUCCGUGUCAGGAUCUCUGGCAGGCACGAGCAUGCUCCAAUAUGAAUUAAUGAGCCUCUGGCAGGUUUAUAGUACGUUUAUUUACAAUUAACACAGAGAGAGCAGCACCGAGCCAGCCUCCAUUAGUAACUAGUUGCUCACUCUGAAUCUCCACCCCUUCUGCAGCACAAAGCACGCCAAAGUCCAGUCCUUCCUCCCUUGCACUUUCAUUUCCACCUUUCCAGCCCUCCUGGUUUGGGGGGAAGGUGGGUGGACUUUCCCUCCACUCUCAAACAAAGAGCCUUCUAAACGCUGCCUCCCUUCUGGUUGCAUAGCAACCCCCUGAAGGUCGUCUGAUUCCCCCCCCACCUGCCGACUGUGAGCCUUCUGAGUCUACUUUUCUAUCUGCGACUGGAAACUCAGGAGGAAAGGGGGUCAAACUCACCCACUCUUGCUUUAUCUGUGACUGCAUUCCCUCAUCUUCAGAGUCAGACUCUUCCCAGGCAUCCAGCUCAGUCACAUCCCUGACACUCCGGUUUGGAGAAAAGGGUUAGGUACGAGGAGAGGCAAAGAGAAGGUCACAUGAAAAAUCAUGCUCAGUGUGGAGAAAGUGAAUAGAGAAACUGAAAUAUACUCGGAGUCAAGUGUGGAUUUCAUGCUCUUUAUUCAGCUCAUAGUAGUGAGGAAUGCUAGUUCGCCCGAAAUGUCUGCUUUAUAUACAUUAUUUACACAAUGGGCGCCACGUGAUUGGCUAAUUCUGGGAUUCUCCUGUAGGCCAAUCAGGUUGCGGCUUCACUUCCACCUGGAGUUGGAUUGGGUGGCUCCUGUGGACCAAUCAGACUGCUGCAUUCUGAAUCCUAUUGUUCUAGGACCAAUGAGACUGCUGCAUUCUGGACCCUAUUGUUCUAGGACCAAUCAGACUGCUGUAUUCUGAAUCCUAUUGUUCUAGGACCAAUCAGACUGCUGCAAUUUGGAUCCUAUUCAACUCAGUACAUAACAGAAACAUUUUUCUCCCUCUUUCCUAACACUGGAACUCAUGCACAUCCAGUGAAGCUGAAUUCGGAAGAUUCGGGACAGGUCAAAGAAAGUCCUUCCUCAUGCAGUGCAUAGUUCAACUGUGACACUUGCUCCCACAUGAGGCAGUGGUGGUCACCAAGUUAGAUGGCUUUUAAAGAUUAGACAGAUUCAUGGAAGAGGAGAGGGCUGUCGAUGGCUACUAGCCAGGAUGGCUCUGGGCCAUUGGCCUGACCCAGCAGGUUCUUCUUACAUUCUUAUGUCCACACUACAGAACAAUGAAAUGUAACAGAACGGAUGAAGCCAUGGCUAUAAACGACCUACAUUUCACGUGGCAAAACAUGGGUGGAUAGGGAGGGUUACCCUGGCACUGGACUGAUGUCCAGAAGGUGAGGAUGCUAUGUAAAUAGGACAUCGUAAUCAAGAAGGUUUUUCCUGACCUGUGUCUAAUGUCAUGUGGGAAUGGGAACCCAUAGAGUUCAGGCAGGCUGGUGUGGUAGAAUGUGGCCCUUCAGGUAUCCAGGGUCCCAAGCCAUUUAAGGGCUUUUUUUAAGGCAAUCAGCAGGAAUUGUUUGGGAUACAGACAAGGUCUCUUUGUUUCUUUCCUCCAUCAGAUUUCGUGGUGCACCAGGUCCUGCCUUUCCAGUCUGUGUCCGCAGAGCCGUUCCUGUACUCCAGCGACCUCUACGUGGCCCUGGCCCAGCCCAGUUCCAGCAGCUGCAGCAUCCUCAAGUGGGACUAUGUCGAACGGAAGCUGCGGGACUUUGACCGCAUCCCUGGUAAGCAGUGGAUGGAGCCAUAGAAUUUGUAGAGUUGUGUUAUAAGAAUUUUAAGGUCAUAAUAUGAAUGUUUAUAGCUGUAUAUAUAAACCACAUGUCUGAAACCCCAGAGAAAAGGUCCUGAACAAAUUGACCUCAAAUAUUUUUCUGCAAGGUCAAAGUGGGAAACCUCCCCGUUGUCUCUUUCCUCACAGAUUCUGUCCUCCCAAAUCCUGUCUUAAGGGCACAUUCAGGAUAUGAACAGGGUGUGAGCCUUUGACCUAUGACCUAGAUUCAGGAAUUAAGUAGUUAUAAUAACAAAAGAGUGGCCAAAACCCAGAUAAUGCAAUCAGGUAACUUGCCAGACAGGAGAUAAACAACGCACUCAGAUUUCUGUUGUAGACCGCCUUUUCUGUGAUGUAGGUAUGAUGUAUCUGGGGGUGGCCUUUGCAGAAUGUCCACCUAAAACUGUCAUGCACGUGUGCAACAGAUGCAUGUCUUUUGUCAUGCAUUUAAAAAUGCCAGAGAGCAGGGGUGACUAAGGUGCAUGCCCCAUUCCUCAUCGCAACCUGUUUGAAGCGGCUAUUGCUGCAUUUCCCAAUCCUCUCUCCAUGGUGCCUCCUUCCUUGUAGUCUGUUGCCUGCAACAUUUAGCUGUGAUUCCUGCAUUGCAGGGCAGGGAUCAAAAGAGAUGACCCUUUGGGUCUCCUUCCAACUGAUAUAAAUAAAAAAACUGCUCCUUUUCCUCUUAUGGGGUAUCCAAGAGCCCAUAUAGAGUCCUUAUGUAGGUUCUCUAUCGGUAGGAGAAAAUAACAGAUGCCAACCAGAGAAUACUGAGAAGCAAAGCGGCUAGUAAGCCUGAUCUUUAAUAAACUGUUGCAACAGGGUCCCCCGCUCACCCCACGCAGGGAGGCGAGGAACCCAGAACAUUGAUGUGCAAGCUCUUAUAUAGACUUUUGAAAUUGCCCACCCUGUAGCUCAAGACCACCCCCCAAAACAUCAUACAUACAUCACAGAAAGAGGUGGUCCCCAGUAGAAAUUUGAGUGUGUUGCUUCUCUCCUGUCUGUCAGGAUUGCCUUUUCUGGGUAGCCUGGCCAUUCCUUUGAGAUGGUAAAUACUUAGUUCCUGAAUCUCUUAUGCAUAUUGAUAGUGUGCUCAGCUUAACAGAUACUUGCCAGACUGUAUUUACAGGGAGGUGUAAGCCCCUACAGUCCAAAGACAAUUGGAGAACUUUUCCCAUUUCCUUCCUCCUUGCAGAGAAAUAUCUGAGGUCAAUUUAGGAGAGUUAAAAUAGCUUCAGGAUUGUUCUCCUGUACUAUUUCAGACACAUGGUUUAUAUACUUAUGUAUGUGUUUGCCUUGUACAUUUAUGAACAUUUAUUUUAUAUAUACAUACAGUAUAAGACCUUUGUUGUUGUUUAGUUGUUGAGUCGUGUCCGACUCUUCGUGACCCCAUGAACCAGAGCACACAAGGCACUCCUGUCUUCCACUGCCUCCCACAGUUUGGUCAAACCCAUGUUGGUAGCUUCGAGAACACUGUCCAACCAUCUCGUCCUCUGUCGUCCCCUUCUCCUUGUGCCCUCCAUCUUUCCCAACAUCAGGGCCUUUUCCAGGGAGUCUUCUCUUCUCAUGAGGUGACCAAAGUAUUGGAGCCUCAGCUUCACGAUCUGUCCUUCCAAUGAGCACUCAGGGCUGAUUUCCUUCAGAAUGGAUACGUUUGAUCUUCUUGCAGUCCAUGGGACUCUCAAGAGUCUCCUCCAGCACCAUAAUUCAAAAGCAUAUAAGACCUUAGAAUUCCUAUAACAGACCUAUUCCUGUGUUGAUGCCUCAUAAUGUUCUCCUGCAGCUCACUCAGCCGUUUACUGCAAGCCCAUCGUGGCCGAGUCGCAGCUUUACGUCGUUGUGGCCCAGCUCUUUGGCGGCUCCUACAUCUACCGCUGGGACACCAACAUCGACAAGUUCAUCAAGAUCCAAGACAUCGACAGCCAGAAGAUCCGCAAGCCCAACGAUAUCGAGGCCUUCCAGAUCGAGGGCGAGUGGUUCUUUGUCAUUGCCGACAGCUCCAAAGCUGGCUCCACCAGCCUCUACCGCUGGAACCAGAACGGCUUCUACUCCCACCAGGAGCUGCACUCGUGGCACCGUGACACCGACGUGGAGUACCUGGAGAUUGACGGCAAGCCCCGGCUGAUCAUCUCCAGCAGCUCCCAGGCCCCAAUCAUCUACCAGUGGAACCGCUCGCAGAAGCAGUUCCUCCACCUGGGCGAUGUGGCAGACGUGAUGGACGUCCAGAUGGUCAAGCACUUCCGGGUCAAGAGGGACAACUUCCUGUGCCUCAGCCGCUACAUUGGCGACUCCAAGGUGGUCAAGUGGGAGGGCCUGCGGUUCACGGAGCUACAGACCUUGCCCUCUCGAGGCUCCAUGGUGAUGGAGCCGUUCCGCGUGUCCCAGCAUCAAUAUAUGGCCCUGGGGAGUGACUUCUCCUUCACCCACAUCUACCUGUGGGACGAAGAGAAGCAGAAGUUUGCAAAGUUCCAGGAACUCUCUGUGCAGGCUCCCCGCGCCUUCCGCCCCAUCCCUUUGGAGGACAUGGAUAUCCUACUGGCGCCCAGCUUCAAGGGGAACACACUGGUUUACAAGCAUAUCGUGGUAGAUCUCAGCUUGUAGGGCAGAGGUACGUCACCGCCACCCCCUACCUGCACACACACACACACACACACACACACACACACUUCUGCUGGAGGUGGGCACCUGAGCACUGUAGUCACUUGGAGCAAAGCUGCUUACUCAUCCCCCACCCUUUUUCUCUCCAUGGUAAGGAUAUAAGCUCAGGGCCUCCUCCCAAGGUCCACUCUUGGUCAGAGAAACAAAACAGAGAUGACAACAAAACACAAAAGGGACCUAACAUACACUCACUCACUCCUACGUCGACCUGGAUGUAUAUGCAAUAAUAAUAACACACCCCUAGACCUCACGUCAUUAACUCCAUGCAACGCUGGCCAAGCCUGCCGGUUGAAACGCAAAUCUUGUUGCCAAAUUUCAGCACCGAAGUAACUCUACACACAUAACAGACACAUGAAGCUCCCCGGAAUAAUGACCACACUUGGAAAUGACCUUUUGAGGUGAUCCCUUGAGCGUGUAAGAGUUGAAAUGUUAUGUUUCUACACUUGGGAUUUCCUCUGGGGUUGCCACUUUUGGUUUUUUAAAGUACACCCACACGACAACGUUGUCAUCAAAUCGCUGUUCUCCUGCCUUUCCUCCCGGGUUUCUUCCAUUUCUUUUGAGAUCUCCCAAAAGCUUAAUUUUGUUUUGUAUUUUUUUAAGGAAUGGAAUAGCAUCCUGAGUGCAAACCAUGAUGAAAGUGCAGUAGAAAUGAUGUCUGGAGGCAUCAGCUGGCUCCUGCCAAUCCAUACGAAUCCAUUAACAGGGAGCUCAACACAAACCAACGUCCUUUGCUCCAUACUUCCUGCCUUGCAACAAAUAAACCCUGAUUCUGCGCGCGCGCGCACACACACACACACACACACACUUUUUAUGGCUCUGCACCAGCAGCUCCCAGCUGCCUUCCAGCUGUGCCUCUAACAUCCCAGUUUUUUCUGACUGGUCCAUCAGCUCUUAUUAACCUCUAAACCUACAGCAACUCUCAUCCUAAGAAAGCCGCUUUCUAGCUGUUGCGGACAGAGAGCUAGAAAACAUAAUGGCGAUUGGAUUGGGAAUCAAGUAGCAAGUAAAGAGACAUAAAUAUUAAUUACACAACCCCUACCAGAAAUCCCAUGAUUUCUAAGCUCGUUUGCAGAUUCCUGAGGGUCCACAAAACAUUAUUCCACAUACUAAGAGGAAUACGCUGGAAGAUAUCACAGGAUCGAGACCAGACACCCAUCUGGAUAGUGCAACUGAUGCAUACGGUUUAUGAUUAUAUGAAGACAGGUACUAUAUGCAGCUAUUUUAUUAUGCAACUAAAGUAUGUGACUUUGGCAGCGGACGUCUCUUUAUAUUUUUACAUAUUCCCCAAAGAGUACUCAGUCCUGCUUAUUGCUUCUCGUUAGGCAAAAAGUGUAUUAAGAAAAGAGCAAAGCCUGCUUUCAAUGUGGGGCAGAGGUGGCAGAUGGGUCUCUGUGACUCCUGGUGGUGCAUGGGGCAAACUCUUGCCCAGUUGGGUGGGUCAGCAUUGCAUGUCGCUCGCUUUGCCGGCUCAGGGUGGCUGCAACUUGACAUAGCUCCCUCUUCCAAAUCAAGGCUGGCUUUGAACCUCUUGGGAUUGGCUCAGGAGAGAUGAGGAGCAGCAGAAGGUGGGACUUGCUGUUGUCCAGUCCCAGAAUAAAGUGAAUGGGAUUUUGAUCUACUGGUGACAUCUCCUGCUAGCAUCAUUCAAUGGGCCAGAUCCUCAGAACCAUUUGAAGCAUGGAGAAACCUCAGUCAGACUCUUGGCCUCCCAGAGUCAGGCCCCAACAGCGAGAGGGCUUCUGGAAAGGGUGGUAGAAGGAGGCUAUGGAAUCCUUAGAGCAAGCAGAACAUCCAAGUGUGCAAACAGAAGGAGAACAGCAAAACAGGCUAAACUUGGGGCAAGAACAGGAGCCAGGGCAGGGAGAAGCCUGGUAAUCUAUGGCUCAGGCUUAGGAAUGUGGUGCAGAGGGUUAUAUAAAACAGAAAGUGGUGCACCAUGGAUACCUGGGUUCAAGAGGGUCAUGUGAUUCCUGCAUUGCAGGGGGUUGGCCCUUUGGGUCCUUUCCAACUCUACAGUUCUAUGAUUCUAUGGGCGUAGGUGGAAAUCCAUGCACUGCCUUCCUUUAGUGGAAGGAGCAGGGCACCCAAACGCGGUCUCCUCUUUUAAUUUGCAGUAUUUAUGAAAGCCUUCGGUGCAAUUGAGACCCUUUACACCUAACGCUUGUAAAGGCAGAGUGUAGUCAAUGCUAUUUUUCUAGAAAAAGAGGUGCUGGAACUCACCGUGAACGCCUCCCUUGUUCUCUUAUAAUGGCAUGCAGAACGUCCCACAUCCAACCCCUAGCAUCCCUUGGUAGGGCUGGGAAAGACUCCAGGCUGAAACUCAACUGACUCUCCCUGCCUUCUCUCCAGUUUUCCUUCAUCACGUUGUGUUCUGGCCCUGCUUAUGGGUUUCCCAGAGGCAUCUGGUUGGCUACUGGAUGCCAAACUUGAUGGGCCAUUGGCCUGAUCCACCAGGAUUCUUCUUCUGUCCUUAUGCCUUUCCUCUCUAGACCUCGCCCUCACUCUCCACAGCCACCGUUCCCCAAGGCGAUGGAGAAAAGCAUCUCAAGCCAUGGAGAAUAGCCGUGCACAGCAACAGCAGCAGCAGGGUGGGGAAAAGGACAGUUCAACUCCCCUCGGCUCUGCAUUUCUUGUGGUGUAAAAUGUAGCAUGCACACACAUACAUACACACACACACACACACCAUCCUGUCCGGAUUCAGGAAUUUAAGGCCCAGGGAUAUGAAGGACACAAGUGUGAUGGCCUCAGCCCUAUGGUGUAAGUUGUGUUGCAAUCCUAACCCCCUUACUUUGAAGUAAGCCCUAUUGAAUUAAAUGGGGCUUACCUCUGAGUGGUUAUAGUGAGGAUUGCAGCCUUUCUUCUUUUUGGAUGGAGACCAGGGUGCCUCUGGGCCUACACAGAGAAUCUGUGUCUCACCAUUCUGGAACAUGAGUAGUUCUCUUGUCUUCAGCCAAGAUAACCUUUGGCAGGUAGGUGUGGAGGCUGCUCAAAAUUAGGAAAUAACAACAGCAUUUUGAAUUUGCAAGGAGGAUGGCCUUCAACAUCUGUGCUGGGAAGAACUUGAGGGAAAAUAUUGGGGGGAUAAUUUCCAGCAGGAGGCUGUUGACUUUUCCUUCGCCUCACCUGCUCAGUGCUAUCCAUUUAAUAAUUUAAAAGGUGAAGUGAAGCUUCCAUCAGGAUGCUUGAACCUUUCCUAGGGAAGGCAGGAUAUUAAGCAGGUAGGGGAGACUCUAUAUGGACAGGACACUUCUCACGACAGACACUUCUGCUUAACCACAUAUGAAAUGCACUUGGGAAUGUGCAUUGUGAAAAAUAGUGGCACCUCCUACACCUUUUAAUUUGACUUGGGAAAUUUAAUUCAUUGUAAUAAAGUUAUUUAUUCCCUAUU